UAAAGCCUAACUUAGAAUCUUUCAUCUCCCCGCCUCCAUUGUUUCCAGUAGAGAGAGAAAGGUGAAAGGAAAGACAGAGAGAAAGAGAGAGGGGAGAUGGGAAGAGGGAAGAUUGCGAUAAGGAGGAUCGAUAACACGACGACGAGGCAGGUGACCUUUUCGAAGAGAAGGAAUGGGUUGCUGAAGAAGGCGAGAGAGCUUGCCAUUCUCUGUGAUGCAGAGGUCGGCCUUAUCGUCUUCUCCAACACAGAUAGGCUCUAUGAUUUCGCCAGCACCAGCAUGAAAUCGGUGAUUGAACGAUACAGCAAGAUAAAAGAGGAUCGUCAGCUAGUGAUGCAUUCAAAUUCAGAAAUUCAGUUCUGGCAGAGGGAAGCAACAUGCUUGAGGCAGCAACUGUAUAACUUGCAAGAAAAUUAUCGGCAGCUGAUGGGUGAUGUUAACGGGCUAGGUCUCAAAGAUCUACAGACCUUAGAGAAUCAGCUAAAAGCAAGUUUACAAGCAAUACACAAAAAGAAGGUCUUUAGAUCUGAUACUUUAAGUCAUGUCUAGUUACAGUCAUCAUUUUCAUUGAUUCUACUCAUCUCUUAAUCUCUGGCAGGAUCAAAUUUUAAUUGAUGAAGGUCAAGAGCUAAUUCAGAAGGUCAGGAUUAUGGACAGAGAGUAUAUGAAUAUCUACAAAAAGAUCAACCCCUAUGCUCAAGAAAAUAUGGAAUUACACCGAAAGGUUGAUGCAAGUGCAAGAUUUAAUGGAGGAUUUACCACUUGCGGUUCUCUUAGUCCCACAUCAACUGAUCUUGAAUUAAGCCCACCACAGCAGCAAACAAGUGGAACGCAAGAUGACGUGCUGAAGCUUGGG